AUGUUAUCAUUUUGGGGAAGAAUAGGUCAAAUAGCAAUUACUAUUGCAUCAGCAGUAUACAACAUUUUAUUAAUGAGAUAUGGUGAUGCUGAUUUACACCUCAUAGUUUCAGCAAUAGCUACAGCUGCUUAUUUAAUUGUUGUAAUUAUCAUUGGUUUACCACCAUUGAUCUUAACGAUUUUGGAGGUUGGGUGUUUCGCCAAUUCCAUAGUGAGUUUGGUUUUCUUGUACAAAGAUUAUUUAUGGCUCGCUGAGUAUUAUAAUACGUACAUAAUCAGAGCUACGUUUGGGCUUAAUACGACAAUGACGUUUACGUUCUUGUUAACUACCAUAUCAGUGCUUUAUAAUGUCACUUAUAAGAUGAUUAGAUACCCUGAGAGUGAAUAUUAUAAUGAAUUUUUCCGUUGUAAGGGUAGGAGAGAACUUGAAUGGGGAGCCUUAUGUUUAAUCAGUCUCAAAUCCGAUCUUGUUGAAGUUAAGGAAUUGGUGUAG